CGGCGACUCAUUGGUGAAGCGGCGUGAUACUUCGACUCUAUCUACUCGAACCCGAUCUGGCAGACCUUCACAGGAACGGGCGAUCCUCGGGAAGCCCCCUUAGGGGGCGGGGCGCUCCAGAGGAGGAGGAGGUGGCUGCGGCACGAGCGCAGCUUUCGGGUGGUCGCCACAUGGAGGUCGCCCUCGCUACCUGGAGUUCGCCUGGCAUCCCGAGUGCAUCGGGCUGCCAGCGUGGGCGGUGGCACGGAUGUGAUCGCCCCGCCCUGCAGCCUCCACAUACGGCUAAGGGACAGCUCAGCUGAAGUUCGACCACGUGCGAGGAGCUGGCCAGAUUCAUCGCAGCGCGCGUCGAAUUCUUCACGCGCGCUGUCUGCAUUGGCCUCCCCGAGAUCGAUGCUGGGCUCGACUGGAGCUGGACAAGGAGGACCUGGAGAAGUUCCGCCCCGCGCCACCGCCAAGGAGGACCUGGAGAAGUUUCGCCCCGCGCCACCGGACGGCCUCGCGGAGGACCCGGAGAAGUUUCACCUCGUGCAACCGGACGGCCUCGUGGAGGACCCGGAGAAGUUUCACCUCGCGAAUCUGGACGGCCUUGUGGAGGCUCCGCCGGCCCGGAGCCCGAGCUUCGACGCGGACGCGCUGCCGAGGCUGCCCUGCCAGCGACGCGCUCCCAAAUGACUCGCACCAGGAGCGCUGCAGCUACGCAGCCCGUGCCCCUGGCGCCCCGGCGCCCGCUCACGGCCGCG